AUGUUCAACUGGGCUAAGCAACAACUGGCCAAUGUCGCCGGCACUCAGGAGCCUAUCUACGGCCCCUCCGCCAUCAAGUCGGUUGCCACAGAGGCCGAGAAGACUUCCUACACCGAGAUCGGUCGAGAUGGCAUGAAGUGGCAGGCUAUGGACUCGACCUGUGUUGAGACAUCAAGCUUCUACAUCUUUGGCGACAACGGUUACGUCGCUCUUGCACAGGUCAUCUAUAGUAACGUUGCCGGCAUUCGAACAACCUGCCAGUUCAACGCAAAGGUCUUCCAAAAAGACCCUUCCAAGCCCCACGUCUGGUGCUCAUCGCCCCUCAACAACCAAGACUUCAGCGAGGACAAGACGAGUUUCUACGCCGAUGACUGCGCACUCGAGCUGUCCGAGGAUGGCACAUACUACACCAUCAAGAGCAUGAACGACCAGAACGCCAUCGUCAACCUGAAGAUCACCCGCGCUGCCCCUGGCUUCCAGGUUGGUACCACAGGCACAACACUGUACGGCACCGAUCUCAAGAACCCAUGGGGAUCCCUGCGACACGCCUUCUGGCCUCGUUGCGUUUCCGAAGGUACCAUCACCACCAAGGAUGGACCUAUUGACUUCAAGGGUCAGGCCUUGAACGUCUAUGCUCUUCAGGGCAUGAAGCCUCACCACGCCGCCUGCCGAUGGAACUUUGUCAACUUCCAGGGCCCCAACUACUCGGCUGUCAUGAUGGAGUUCACCAGCACUCCCUCAUACGGCUCAACACUUGUCAACGUUGGUGGUAUUGCCAAGGAUGGCGAGAUCAUCUAUGCCGGCGCCACCAACACAGCCGAGCACACUCAAGUCAAGAAGGACUCAGAGAAUGAAUGGCCUGAGCCCAGUGAAGUCAAGUUCAGCUGGACUGGUAUGGGCAAGGACGGAAAGGCUGUCCAGGCCACAAUUGAAGGACCUCUCGGCGAGCGCGUUGAUCGAGUUGAUAUCAUGGCCGAGGUCCCCGGCUUCGUCAAGACGAUCGUCGCGGCAGCUGCCGGCACAAAGCCCUACAUCUACCAGUACCACCCCAAGCUCUCCCUGAAGCUUAAGAUCGGCGACGAGGAGAUCGUUGAGGAGGGUACCGUUUUCAUGGAAGCUACUUUCAUCUCGUAA